GCGGCGACGUUCAGUCUCGCCGGUAGCAAUACGGUGCAGAUAUACGCGCAAUUACACCGUAUAAACAGAUCGAGACACCGAAAAAUUUCUAGUUUUACAUACAAGUUCAUCAAGUUAACAAGAGAAUUAAACAAUCGAUAACGUGGCUUACGAAAUCAAUCAUUUUUGACGUUUCUUCACUUUUGUGCAGUUUUUGUUAUCGAGCAGAAAUAUUCGGGAUAGUUUUCAUCGCUGGCAAAAAGUUUGAAAGUUCUCGUUGAAAGUUUUCGGGACAGUGUAUUGGCAACUCGUUGCAGGGAAAUCUCGAAUUUCCAGCCAAUGUUGACGAUAGUUCGAGAUUAAACAAUGUGUGUUAAUUGAAUACGAAGGAUUAAUAAACGAAAAUUUGUUAGCGUAAAGUUUACAGUGUACCAUUAUCUUUUCUCCAUCAAUUUGGUUAACCAUCGACGAAGAUUUCAGUGAUAAAAAAAGAAUGAUUCACGCAGCCUCACGGCUAUGAUGACGAAUAAGUGCUGAAGAGCGCGUGAAAAGAACAUCGUCAGUGAGGUUUAUUUGUAUUGCUAUAGUGCCAGCACGCGUUGACAGUAUCGUUCUCCCGACUUCUCCCCCUCUCCCUCUCUUUCUGUCGUUACAUUCUCUCUUUCUUCCUCUGAUCCACGUUGUCAAGAUUAUAGAGCUUUCAUGUGCAUACAAAUAAGUGGGAAUAAGUAAAUGUGGCAUGACUCGUCGCGAUAGGUGAAUUUUUUCACGUACAAGUCUUCGAGAUCGAAGAUUCUUCGUACCAGUGAUCCGCAUCGAGUGAUCAAUGAUCGAUCCUCCAAAACCGUGCUCCGAGUAUUUUAUCGUUGACAAAGUCAGCAUUCGCAGCGGGACACUUGUCCGCUCAUGUCAACCAAACGCGAUCCGUGACUACUGAUUUUCGCGUCCAAGUGGCCAGUUGCCGUUCCGCUCAGACAACUGCACAAACAGUCACGAUAUUGAGACAAAUUUUCCAAUCAACUCUCGUCCUCUCAAGUGUACGCCGUGUGAUUUUGUUACAACGAAAUUUACAACUUUAUUUUUAUUCCUUUGACUUUGUAAUCUUUCCGUUCAAAAAUGUCGCGACGCUCGUGGAUAAAAGUGAUCGUCCUCUGCGUCGUCAUCGCAGCGAAAAGCGUUCAAUGCCUCAGAGACACCAGACUCGAAGUGGUGCCUGAAAUCGUCGAACGUGGCAGCGAAGCUACCCUACGAUGCCACUAUGUUCUCGAAAAUAACACACUCUAUUCCCUCAAGUGGUACAGAGGAAAACACGAGUUCUACCGAUACUCACCGAACGGGGAUCCCACCACGAAAGUCUUCAAAAUUUCCGGACUGGAAGUUGACCGAUCGAAAUCGAACGAGAGUCAAGUGACCAUCCGUAACGUAGAAUUUGCAGUUGCGGGAAAUUUUUCGUGCGAAGCUACUGCUGACGCUCCUUCAUUCACCACCGAAGUAGAUUGGAAAAAGCUCAUCGUAGUUUCUCUGCCAAGGGGUAGCCCAGUUAUCGCGACGGAGCGAGACCGUUAUGACCCCGGGGACACCCUGAAAGCAAAUUGCACAGCUCAACCGUCGGAGCCACCGGCUACCAUUUCCUUCACGCUCAACAAUCAACUGGUUGGAGAAUCGAGUUCAAAACGAUUGUCACAGCGUCAGUACAAACCGAAUCAUAACAGUAAGGAGAGACUAACUUCAUCCUCGAGCUACAAUGUUCAUCAGCAAGAUCAACAGCACCAAGUAUGGGGUGACUUGCAAUGGAACGAGUUGGAGCUGACCCUUCAGCCAUUUCAUUACGUCAACGGACAAUUGAAUCUUCGCUGCAUUGUAGAGAUACCCAAAAUCUACAACGCAACGAGCGAGUUGCAAUUGGGCGCCGGGCUACGCGAACCGGUACCAGAAAGAGUGACGUCGGAAAACACAGCGAUUAAGGCAUCAAGUUUAACCAGCCUGACGUUGCUUUGUCUCAGUCUCUUGCACACGCUCAUGCGAUAGUCACCGCAACGCUUGUAUAAAAAUUAAAUAAAUAAUAAAAAGAAAGAAAAAAGAGAAAAAAAAACAGAAAAGAGCAACAAAAAUUCUUCCCCUACAGAAGAGCUUCUCGUCGGGGCGAAGGAAGUUGAAACUAGUCAGCGUAGCGCGAAACCUACGGCAAGCAGAAUUUCAAGCAAAUGCGAUGACAUGUAGAGAGUGAAAGAGUGAAACAAGAAUGAACGAGCGAAAGAGAGAGAAAGUGAAAUACGGAGAAAGAAAGAAAAAACAGGAAGAAUUUUCGGUAACGAAUAAAAAACUUAGUGUGUAAUGAAAAUAAAAUAAAUAUAAAUAAUACUACAAAUUGAAUAUAAAACCUACGAGUGAAUGUAUGUGCAGCGCGAAUGAGAAAAAGCGUCUCGGGUUUGAUGCUUAAAAAUACAUUUGGAUGUGUAAAGAGGAAAAAGUUUCACGUGAAAUAGCGAUGCCGCUCGCGAGGGCGAUUCAGGAAGGACGAGUGGGAAAUAUUGCGUGCGCAUCGUUUAACAGAAGCACAACGCAGAAGUGGGAUGAAUUCAUGUGGAAACCAGCGCGUAUAAACGAGAGCAUAAAUUACGCGAGCAAUUACCAAUGAAUUCCCUAUUUUGAAUGAGGUACUGUUGAUAGACAUCGACUUUGAGCAAAAAAAAUCAGGACAGACUUUUAUAAGUUUAUCGUUUCGUGACGAUGAUAUAUAAGAACGGUGCACCUCGACUGCCACGCCCCUUGCAGUCAAAAAUUCAACGUUCUCAUCGAGAUGUUCAAUGUUUAAAGUUUACAUAAAUUUAAGCAUACGUCUAUUUUAUAACUGAAUAUAUGUAUAGUUUAAACAUUGGCGAUUGCUCUCAAAAAUUCACCAUUGAUAACGCCAGAGGCGCCGCAUGUACCUUCGACCUGCCCUCUAUCGAAUCUGCACCAUUCCUAUCGAUGAGAUAUCCAUAUUUUAAUGAAGCCUGCUUUAUCGUGAGGCCCUUAUGUUUAGUGUAAUGUACUAUUAAUAUCGUAUCUAUUCAUAAAGUCCAAUAAUGCGAUGAAGAAAAAAAAAACAUUCAAUGGCAGUCGAGAGUACGAAAGUUCUGUGGCUUCAUCGAUGUUUACAAUUUUUCAUAUGCGAUGUCCAAAUUUUUCGAUAAAAAUUAUUUUAUUCUGUGCUCGAUCAUCGUGAGUUGUAGGUCAAAAGAGAUUUUGAAUUCUCAAAAUAUUCGUCAUAAUAUUGGGCACUCAUUUUUUUGUCUUUUGGAUAAAUUAUUGAUGAUUAUUAGCUUUGUAUCCACUGAAGAUGUACGUGCAAUAAAACCGUCGAUAUAUCAUA